CAAGAAACGGGGAAAUGGGUCGUGCGAAAACUCCUAAAGAAAUACAAGUAGAAACAUGGGUUAUCAGGGACAAAAUAAGUCGAUAUCGUGGAAUUUUAAAGUUGGAUGCACGCGACAAGAAGCUACAGCUGUCGCAAGCAACGAAAUUGAAAUCAAUAGUGUCGAGGAAAAUUGCAUCCCUAAAAAUAAAUGUUAAGAGACAUCGUGAAAUUGUCAAUGAUCUCCAAGAUGACGAUAAACAGCAUGUUCUUAGAUUGCUGGGCGAUCACAGGAGAUUUUACUUAGCCUUCAAUCGCCUGACACCACCUGAAAUUUAUACGGCAAUAUAUCAAGAUUGCAAUUUAAAACGUCGACUCCUGGACAAGCUCUACUACGAGAAAAAAAGAAAAUUGAAGCGAGGUAUUGAAUUACAGCUGGAGCACAAUGUUCUCUCAACCGAACUCGAGGAGCAAAGCGAGUAUCUACCAAACUGCGAGCAGCAACGAUUGAUAGCGCAAUUACAGCGAUCCAUUGCGAAACAUAACACGGCGAAAGAUAUACGUUCUACAUACUGCUCAAUAUUGAAUAUUCUAAAAAAAGAUGCAAUAUUCUUCGAUACUCUAUUGAAUAUUUUGAAAGAAGAUCAGGUUUCUCAAUGCAAAGCAAUGUUAAGAGUAACGGUGAUGGGUCAGCUGGCGGCAGAAAAUCUUGAUGACAUCAAACAGAAAUAUAAACGUAUGUCCCGAGUCGUAUGGCGUAACAUGAAAAUCAGAGAACAAAUGUUGAGUAAUGUACAUUACCAAGUAAAAGACUUGUGGGCUUACGCGCAAUCCUUGGUGCGCGUUGAGAGCGUUCACAUUUUCGCAAAAAGAGACGUUGAUGUAACCGACAAUAAAAUAUUAGAAAAGCAGUUAGCACAUUUGGAAGAUAUCUGCAUUAAAGUGAAAGAAGGUCUACUUGUGCGUUCGUAUCAUGAUCUGCUAUCAAGACUUGAAAAUCAAUCUGAGCACAGGGCGGCUUUGUUAGCGCGAUUAGACAUCAAUAUAAAGAACCGCGAUGUUUUAUUAAGCAAAAAGAACCAGGCUUUACAAGUUUUCGAAGGUCUCAAAUAUUCCACAAAAGCUGCAAUAGAACACUAUAAGAUAAAUGGCAUGCAAGAUGUAUUGGAACAAAUUGAAAUCGAGAAGAAACGCGAGAAGGACCUUAAGGAACAGAUAAGUGCUCAUGGCAAACUGCUCACAAAUCUAAAAUCAGCUUUACAGAAUAUGAACAUGAUGUUACUUCGUUUCAUUGUCAAACAUAAUGGAAAAGCAGUAGUAAAAAAGCUGAACAAAGGGGAUAAGAAAGAACCAAUAAUUAACGGUAGAGAAGAUAUGAACGAACGUGAUGCGCUGGCAGAGAUUGAAGGAGUGGACACUGAUGUUUUGGGGCUGUUGUCGAAGAUCAGUCGGAAAGUAAGUAUCCUCUUCGGUAUUAGCAAUUUUGAUCUCAAGCAAGAGGACGAAGCCCGAGAUCUCUAUUACACCUACGUAUCGCAAUAUAAUUCCGAUUUGACAUUUGGGACCGGUGAAGAGGAACCAAUUGGAUUGUUGGUCGAACACGAGAUAAUUGACGUCAGUGUUCCAACGCGGACAGACAUCAAAUACCACAGCAGGCAGAUCCUAGAGGCACACCUGAAACCGGAAUAGCCUAUCGUGUCAAGAUUUAAAUAAAUUACAUAACAUUU